AAGAGGAGAUAGAUAGAGAGAUCGACUGAUAGAGAGGGAGAGGGGGUUUGUUUGUUGUUUUGUAUUUGGCUCAUCAUCACUCCUGAAGUAAGGACGGAUGGAGGAACCAAGUCCACAGAGACCUGAAUUCAUUACUCGAUUCACAUCUACAGAUUCUCUCUCUCUCUUUUGUUGAGUAAACCUGGAUCCAGAGAGUGGCAUGUUGCUCUGGAUGGGAAGUGAGACAGUGAGGCGAGAGUAAGAGGAGGAUGGCGUACACACAGCUGGAACCCAUCAAUGAGGGUCUUCUCUCCAGACUGUCUGACUUCCUGUUGUGUCGCUGGUCGUGCCGCUCCUGUUGGCAGUGGUGCUGCGAGUGCAGCUGCUGUCAGCCCACUGAUGAGGAGGUGGAGAUUCUGGGGCCUUUUCCAGCUCAGACUCCAUCAUGGCUUGUCAAUAAAUGCAAUGAGGAGAAAGGCACAAAUUCUCACACCAUGGCCGAGAACCACGCUUCACCUACUCAAGCUGACCCCACUACAAACUGCAGGUUUCCCUCCUCAGAAACGUCCCGAUCCACCUUCACCCUGGCAGGCCAGCUCUCCAGUCUGAACGCCCGACGGCCAAGCUCCCCCAUGGUGGAUGUAAAGCCGAUUGAAUUUUGGGCGAUGGGACCCCGGAAGGAAGUGGUGCAGCCCCUGCGUAAGCCCCCGACACCGCCAGAUGACUACUUCCACAAACUGGAGCCCCGUCUGUAUUCUCUAGACUCCUGCAGCGAUGAUGUUGACUCUCUGACGGAUGAGGAGAUCCUGGGGCGCUACCAACUGGGCAUGCUGCACUUCAGCACACAGUACGACCUCAUCAACGCUCACCUCAUCGUGCGAGUCAUCGAGGCCCGGGACCUGCCCCCUCCUGUAACAUGUGAUGGUGCUCGCCAAGACAUGGCCCGCUCCAACCCUUACGUGAAGAUGAGCUUACUGCCCGACCACAAGAACUCCAGGCAGACCGGCGUUAAACGCAAGACCCAGAACCCGUUUUUUGAAGAGCGCUUCACUUUUGAGGUCCCCUUCCUGGAGGCACAGAGACGCACCCUACUGCUCUCCGUGGUGGACUUUGACAAGUUUUCACGGCACUGCGUCAUCGGGAAAGUGUCUCUUCCUCUUAGUGAGGUUGAUCUAGUGAAGGGAGGACACUGGUGGAAGGCCCUGGUGCCCAGCUCUCAGAAUGAGGUUGAGCUUGGUGAGCUUCUUCUGUCCUUAAACUACCUGCCCUGUGCUGGCAGGUUAAAUGUGGACAUCAUCCGAGCAAAGCAGCUGCUUCAGACAGACAUGUGCCAAGGCUCAGAUCCUUUUGUUAAGGUGCAGUUGGUGACAGGCCUUAAGUUGAUGAAGACUAAGAAAACGUCCUGUAUGAGGGGCACCAUCGACCCCUGCUACAACGAGUCCUUUAGCUUCCGUGUACCUCAAGAGGAACUGUGUGAAGUCAGUCUUGUGUUCACAGUUUAUGGGCAUAACAUGAAGAGUAGCAAUGAUUUUGUUGGUCGCAUUGUCAUCGGCCAGUUCUCCAGCGGCCCGCCGGAAACCACCCACUGGCGCCGGCUCCUGGGCUCUCAGCGCACCCCGGUGGAACAGUGGCACAGUCUGCGCUCCCGUGCCGAGUGUGACCGCGUCUCUCCGGCUUCGCUCGAGGUCACAUAAUACUAACACAGGACAGUCACUGCAGGUGGGAGAGAGAUCUGUGGAAAAGAACUUUAACCUAAAACUUACAACACAAACAUCUAGGAGUUUCCCGGUGUAUUAUGUAUAAUUUGUAUUGGUAUGAAACAUAAACUAAUAGAUCUAUUCUCUGUAGAAUAGUGGGCUCUGUCUUGGUGUUAUCUGUGUUCACUCUCCAUGCCAUUAUUAUAACGGGGAGAUGUAGACCGUAGAAAAGACCUCAGAGAGUUUUUUCUGUUUAUGGCGAUGAGCAGAAGCCUGCUGUCCAUGUUUUCUUUUAUCACAUUGAUACUAUCUUACAUGGGAGCUCAAUAGUCUCAUCAUCAUCUGAUCCUCGGCUGCGUUCUGGCUGAGGCUCAGGCAGUUGAGACCAGACCUAACCACUGGUUUGGUCUGCAGUGUUUUAAUAAUCAUAUUGUUUCUUUUUUCAGAUUUCAAUAUGAUUGCAGUUCUUGAAGUAGUUGGAAAUCUGUGGCAACACAGUUGGUCAUUUUUAUUGCCUGCUUUGAAUGUUUCAAGUACGAUUUUACACCAAAGCUUGGUUUGAUUGUGUUUUGUGACCUGUAUCACUGUUCUUUAUGCACAUAUUGAUCUUUGAUUGUGUUUGUGAGUCUGCAUUUGGUAAAUGUUUGCACUUAUGGCAGCUGAGGUCUACAGAAACCCUAAAAUGCCAUGCAUUAUUUUAUUUUUUAUAUUUUUUUAAUUUUUUUUUUCUUUUGAUUUUUCUGUAUC